AUGUCUCAGAUCGUGGAAUCCAAAGAACUUUGCGUGGCGCCCUCGCCCAUCGACGAGGGUCUUUUUCAGCAGCAGUUGGACCUCCAAGGUCUCAAGCUCACUCCAGAUGGAUUCGUGCAUUGGAAACCGGGCAACAAGCGACACCCACGCAACUGGUCGAAGCUGCGAAAGGCCCACGAUGUAUCAGUCAUUUUGUUGCUGGAGAUGUUCACGUACCUCAUCGGGCAAGGAAUCGGCAGCAUCGUCUUCCCUCCGUACUCCGAGGCCUUUGGACGCAAGAAAUUGUAUAUAGUCAGUACGGCGAUGUACAGUCUGUCGUGCAUUAUAAUCGCCAUUGUACCAUCCGUCACUGGAGUGGUUGUCGGACGUCUGCUCAGCGGGUUCUUGUCGGCUAUUCCUACCAAUGUAGUGGCUGGAAGCAUUGAAGACAUGUUCAACGCAAAAGACCGGAUAUGGUUCCUGUCGUUGUGGAUGAUGCUGGCUCCGUGGGGUCUGGCAUUGGGACCGAUCUACAGCACAUACAUCAUUUACGCCUUAAAUUGGAGAUGGGUGUUUUACGUAGCAGCCAUCGUCACCGGCUUCAUCGCGUGUCUCCUGCUCGGCAUCCGUGAAUCUCGACCUCCCCUCCUCCUCGACCAGGAAGUCCGCCAUCUGUGCCAGGUCCUCGGCAAGGAAACCCAGAUCGUGGUGCAAAGCCUCAACCCAGACCGGAUCCCCGACCUGCGCACCUUCUUCACCAUGGCCCUCUUCCGCCCCAUCUACCUCUUCUUCACCGAACCCAUUAUCUUCCUCGUAUCAAUCAUCAGCGCCAUCCCCUUCACUCUCAUCUAUAUGUUCACCGACGCCCUCCCCCCAAUCUACCAAUCCUUCGGCAUGACCCCACCCACUCACAAGCUCCUCGGCUUCAUGAUCGGCGCCCCCGUCUUCGCCCUCGGCCUGUGGCUCUUCGCCUGGACCAUCCCCCCUGCGAUCACAUCCGUCCACUGGAUGGUCUCCACCGUCGCCCUCGUGGCCAUCGGGUACGCAGCAACCGAGUUCGGCUCCGUCCUGACUGGCUAUCUCGCAGAUAGCUACCUCAGCUACGCGGCCAGCGGGUUCGCGGCGCAGACGAUCCUGCGGACGAGUAUGAGCGCGGCGUUCCCGCUGUUUGCGCCGGCGAUGUUUGGCUCGCUUGGUGCGAAUGGCGCGGUCAGUGUGCUGGCGGCGAUUGCGACGGUGUUUUGUCUCGUGCCGCCGUUGUUUGCGCGGUUCGGGGAGCGGAUUCGUGCCAAGAGUCGCUUUGCGAGGUAUAGUUUGGAUGUGUAUAAUCGGAUUACGGUUGAUGAGGAGGGUUUCUAG